AUGCACGUCGAUACUCUCUGGUCCAACGUCCACCUGAUCACCCUCGACGGCGACGGCCUGGGCGUCAUCCGCGAUGGCGUGCUGGCCUGCGCCGACGGACGCAUCGUCCAUGUCGGCACCGCCGGCAGCGAUGCCCACCUGCAACCGACCACCCGCAUCGACGGCGAAGGCCGGCGGAUCUCGCCGGGACUGAUCGACUGCCACACCCAUCUGGUCUACGCCGGCAACCGCGCCAACGAGUUCGAGCAGCGCCUGCAGGGCGUCAGCUAUGCGGAGAUCGCCCGUGCCGGCGGCGGCAUCGUCUCCACCGUACGCGCCACCCGCGCCGCCACGCCGGAACAGCUGGCCCGCGAAAGCCGCCCACGCCUGCUGGCGAUGCGCGCCGAAGGCGUGACCACGCUCGAGAUCAAAUCCGGCUACGGCCUGACCCUGCCCGACGAACGCAAGCAGUUGCAGGUGGCGCGUGCGCUGGGCGAGGAAUGCCGGGUCAACGUGGAGUACACCGACGAGGUGUGCAACGUGAUGAUUCCGACCAUCGCCGCCGAAGGCCUGGCCGAAGCGGUGGACGUGUUCUGCGAGAACAUCGCCUUCUCGCCCGCACAGGCGCGGCAGGUGUUCGAGGCGGCACGUGCCCACGGGCUGGCGGUGAAGAUCCAUGCCGAGCAGCUGAGCAACCAGCAUGGCGCCGAACUGGCGGCCGGCUUCGGUGCACUCUCGGCCGACCAUAUCGAACACCUCGAUGACGCCGGCAUCGCGGCAAUGGCCGCCGCCGGCACCGUCGCAGUGCUGCUGCCCGGCGCCUUCUAUUUCACCCGCGAUACCACCCUGCCGCCGAUCGCGGCGCUGCGUGCGGCCGGGGUGCCGCUGGCGCUGGCCACCGACAGCAACCCGGGCACCUCGCCCCUGACCAGCCCGCUGCUGGCGAUGAACAUGGGCGCCACCCUGUUCCGCCUGACCGUGGACGAGUGCAUCGCCGGCUUCACCCGUGAAGCGGCGCGUGCACUGGGCCAUGGCAACCGUAUCGGCCGACUGGCCGUGGGCAUGGACUGCGACCUGGCGAUCUGGGACAUCGACGCCCCCGCCGACCUGGUCUAUCGCAUUGGAUUCAACCCGCUGCACGCGCGCGUGUGGCGGCAGGUCUAUCGCGGCGCGCCGCUGGCACUGGACGCGGCCGCGCUGCCGGUGGUACGUGCCAGUGCCGCAGCCGUGGCCGCCAUCGUCGCCAAGGGCGCGCCGGUCUAUGGCAUCAACACCGGCUUCGGCAAGCUGGCCAGCGUGCGCAUCGAGCGCGAGGACCUGGCCACACUGCAGCGGAACAUCGUGCUCUCGCACGCGGCAGGCGUCGGCGAGCCAAUGCCGGCCAGCGUGGUGCGCCUGAUGAUGGCGCUGAAGCUGGUCAGCCUGGCGCAGGGUGCUUCGGGCAUCCGCGAGGACACCCUGCUGCUGCUGGAAGCGAUGCUGGUCAAGGGCGUGCUGCCGGUGGUGCCGGCACAGGGCUCGGUGGGCGCAUCAGGCGACCUGGCACCGCUCUCGCACCUGGCCAGCGUGAUGCUGGGCGUGGGCGAAGCCUUCAUCGGCGACGAACGCCUGCCGGCCGUCGAUGCUCUGGCACGCGCCGGUCUGCAGCCGAUCGAACUGGGCGCGAAGGAAGGCCUGGCGUUGCUCAACGGCACCCAGUUCUCCACCGCCUAUGCGCUGGCCGGCCUGUUCGAAAUCGAGACCGUGUUCCAGGCCGCGCUGGUCACCGGUGCGCUGUCGGUGGAAGCGGCCAAGGGCUCCGAUACGCCGUUCGAUCCGCGCAUCCACGCCAUCCGUGGGCAGCGCGGGCAGAUCGCCACCGCUGCCACGCUGCGCACGCUGAUGCAGGGCUCGGACAUCCGCGAAUCGCACCGUGACAACGACGUGCGCGUGCAGGACCCGUACUGCCUGCGCUGCCAGCCGCAGGUGAUGGGCGCCGCACUGGACAUCCUGCGCCAGGCCGCGACCACGCUGGAAAUCGAAGCCAAUGGCGUGUCCGACAAUCCGCUGGUGUUCACCGACACCGGCGAAGCCCUUUCCGGUGGCAACUUCCACGCCGAGCCGGUCGCCUUUGCCGCCGACAUGCUGGCGAUGGCGGUGUGCGAGAUCGGUUCGAUCAGCGAGCGCCGCCUGGCCAUGCUGGUCGACCCGGCGCUGUCCGGCCUGCCGGCGUUCCUGACCCCGCGCCCGGGGCUGAAUUCCGGCUUCAUGAUUCCGCAGGUCACCGCCGCCGCGCUGGUCUCGGAAAACAAGCAGCGCGCCUACCCCGCCAGUGUUGAUUCGAUCCCGACCUCGGCCAACCAGGAAGACCAUGUGUCGAUGGCCGCGCACGGCGCGCGCCGCCUGAUGCAGAUGGCUGAGAACGCGGCCAACGUGAUCGGCAUCGAGCUGCUGGCCGCCGCGCAGGGCUGCGACUUCCACGCCCCGCUGCGCUCCAGCAUCGCGCUGGAAAGCGUGCGCGCCACCCUGCGCGCACAGGUGCCGACGCUGGAAGAAGAUCGCUACUUCCACCCGGACAUGGUGACCGCCACGAACCUGGUGCGCAGCGGCGCGCUGGCGCAGGGCCUGAGCGAUCUGUUGCCGACCGUGGAACCGCAGGCAUGA